AUGAGAGGAUGUUUGUAUUUCAUGAAGAUGCGUCGGCAUCUGACAUUAAAUUGAGGAGUGAAGUUAGGAACCAGUUUGUAGUUUGUUGGGUAGACUGAAAGGGGGAGUACUACUUGGAUACAUGGUUUAAUGGUGGAAAAUGUCGGAGUUUAGCCGAACUGCUGAUGCUCCUGAUGUCUUGGUUCUGUCGCGAAGUGACACGCUCUAUAAGCUCGUUGAUCUCCAUGUGUACGUGGUUCCAGCUGACAUAUGGCGCGACCGCUUCAACAACUUGCUCAAUCAGUCCGUCACAGAAACUAUUUCUAUAGGAAUUAUCAGGGUACAGCCCGAUGUCCGGCUGGCCGACCUCCGAGAUGACAUCGUUCAACAGUUGGAGGACCUCACACCUCGAGAGUAUGUGUUUCUGCGCAGUGUGGGGAGAAGUCUCACAAGGUUAAAAACAAAGCAAGAAUACACAAUGAAAGUCAAACAUUUUCUACCUCCUGUGGCCUAUGCUCCUGAGUUGUUUUUGUUGGAAGCAACGGGAGACAUUUCAUUAGCCAGUGAAGGGGAUUCCCGGUCUCAGUCCUCAUUCCGACAGCUCGGCGACAGCCCCAAGGGAAACAACCGGGGCUAUAACUACCGGGAUGAUUACCGGGAUCCCGGAUCCAGAAGUUACCGUGAUGACAAAUACAACCAGAACAAUGGGACAAAUCGCUUGCCACAAAAAUAUCGACACGGGGAUGGUACAGAUCGUUCACCAAAAAAAUAUAAACGUGGGGUUCCCAUGUCAAAGUCUAUUGUAAGAGAAGAGACUGAUGAUGAAACUGAUCGGUCACAAGACAAAAAUCAGCAUCGCGGUAAGAUUGAAAUCUUAUUAUCAAGCCCUAGUGAAAAGGAAGAAACAGAUGAUGAGAGAGAUAAAACACCGGACAAACUUCAGCAUAGUGUCUUCAUAUCAAGCUCUCAUGAAAAAGGAGACACAGAUGAUGAAUCAGAUCGACCAUCGCCGAAAUAUCAGCGUGGGGUCUUUGUAUCAAGCUCUCGUGUAAAAGGAGACACAGAUGAUGAAUCAGAUCAACCAUCGCCAAAAUAUCAGCGUGGGGUCUACAUGUCCAGUUCUAAUGUGAAGGAAGGAACAGAUGAUGAAACUGAUCAACCACCAUCAAAAUAUCAACGUGGGGUAUACAUAUCAAGUUCUAAUGUAAAGAAAGGAACAGAUGAUGAAACAGGUCGAGCAUCACCAAAAUAUCUGCGUGGGGUGUACGUAUCCAGUUCUAAUGCAAAGAAAGGAACGGAUGAUGAAAGAGGUCGAGCAUCACCAAAAUAUCGGCGUGGGGUCUACUUGUCGAGUUCUAAUGUAAAGGAAGACACAGAUGAAGACACAUCACAACAAAAAUAUCAACGUGGGGUUCACUUAUCAAGCUCUAAUGCAAAAGAAGAAAAAGGUGACGAGAGAGAUCGAUCACCACAAAAAUAUCAACCUGGGGUCUUAUCAAGUGCUCUUGUUAAAGAAGGAACCUAUGAUGUAACAGAUGAACCAUCCAAACAAAAUGAACGUGGGGACAGAACUGAUCGUUCAUCAAAAAAGCAUGGGGAUGAAACGGAUGAUUCAUCAAAAAGGAAUCGCCGGGGUGAAACUGAUGACUCAUUAAAUGACCACUUCCACAGAGAUGACCAAGAUGGUUCACCACAUGCUCACAAGCCUGGGGAUGAGACUUACCGACCAUCUAAUAGACAUCAGCGUGGGGAUGGGACAGAUCGAUCACCUGAUAGACAACAACAUGGGGAUGGAACUGAUCGAACAUCACAGUCAGAUAAACAUGGUGAUGGAACAGAUCGAUCAUCACGUAAAUAUCCACGUGGGGAUGGGAAAGAUCGGUCUUCACAUGCACGUCAACAUGGGGGUGCGGCCGAUCUCCAGACAGAAAAAUCUAGUCGCACGCAGCGCGGCAGUGAUAGGGUGUCCCCUUCUAGGCGAUAUACCCCAAUCCCCAAACUUGACCCCUCCAGCCCCACUGGUAGUCGGGACCCCUCUCCUGAACGCACAGAGAGAGAUCAACAGUAUAGGUCCAAUUCUCGAUCUCCUGAUCGGAAUUAUGGUAAAUACGGCGAUAGGAAACGUGAGAACAGUUAUGAUAAGAAAAAUAGUGAUAGGUAUGAGGAUCCCAACAGAAGGAAUAAUGAACGUGAUGAUCCUCACGAUCAGCGCGAUAAUCGCUACAAUUAUGAUAACCGCUAUGAAAAUCGCGAGGAUCACUACAAUGAUCCUGAUUCAGGCCUUGACUCAAGAAGAGCUAGAGAUAGGUUUGACCAUGAUCGUGAAUCCUCCGACCAUCGGCGUAACCAUGGGGAGACAUAUCGCAGAGUCUCUCCUGACCACGAGAGUUCAGUGAAUAGUUACCCAGUUCUUCCGCCAAUAAAUGACACCCCUCCUCGUUCAGCAGAACGUGGCCCUGGUAAGCAGGGCGAGAAUAAAGACCGCUCCUCAGACCCCCGCUCAGCAACUUACACCACCAAUACCAAUACCGACUCGGGCAUUGCAGACUCAGGUGUUAGUCCAGAGGACCAAUACAACAGAGGCCGGGACAACUAUGAGGACGAGAUGGCAAGGAAGCGCCGGGAUCUCGGAAACAGGCUCGCCAACGACAAGUUUGAUAUUGAUGAUGAUGACACCUUCCGGUUUGAAGACAUGGAAGACAGGGACCAGAUCGACCGUGACCGAUGGGAGCGUGAUCGUGAAUACCGACGACGCUGGAUUGAGGAAGAAAGGAGAAGACGAGAAGAAGAAGAAGCAAGGAAGAAGAGGCAAGAAGCUGGAGAGGAAGAUUAUGAUGAUGAUGACGACAGGAAGAAGAUGAAGAGAUCUGAAUCUGAAGAGGAGCUGGCCAGGUACCCUUCACCCCCAGAACUGAGAAUGGGCUCUCCUAGGGAUACUGAGUCGGCCAGGCAGAGAACAAGGCAAGAAAGAGACCGCCUGAUGCAGGAGCUCGAGAAUGCCCGGGAAGGCAGGAAGCACACCGAGAAGGAGAGGGAAGAGCUAGUCAAGAAAGCCAAGAUGCUGCAGAAUAAGACACAGAACAGGAGGAACCAUGCUCGGGAUAUAUGGAAGAAAAGAUACUUCGAAGAGAAGAAAAAGACUGCUCCAUUAGAGGAACAGACGAACCGUCUGAAGCAUGAACUGGACAGCAUCCACAGGAAACUCAUGUCCGCGCUGGAGGGACCAAAGGAGAAGAAUAUCCGAUUGGGAGAACCGAAACCGUCUCUCAAGAGAUGGAAACGAACAUCGGUGAAUAACUACAUAAUCCAGUGCACUAAACUGCAGCAUGAAAUUGAAGACCUUCGACGCAGAGUGGAAAAUGCCAAAAUGAAACUGACUGCUGAGAUGAAGCUUCGCAACCAAGCUGAAGCCGAACUACGGGCCUUGCGAGCAGAACUUUCACAGAAGAAAAUCAACUUGACCUUGACCCGGAACCAACACCUUGCGGCCUUGAACCCUUCAGGAGAAGUGCCGAUGACCCCACACGCAGCUCUCGCACCACAGUCUUAGGCAUAAUUGUACCAUCAUGUAGUAAUUUAUUAACUGUUAUUUAUUGAUAUCACUCUCCAGCACAGUAUUCUGUAUCUAUUCCAGACUGAUCAGUUUGAUUUGAAGUAUUUGACUGCAUAAAGUAGAUAUAUAUUUGAUAUGAAAAAUCAUGUUCUAUUGGUGUGAAAAGAUAAUUGAGUAUGGUCAUAUAUGAUAAAUUGUAGAUUACAAGAUAUCUAUUUUUAAAUGUACCAUUCAUGGAGGUUUAUAGUGGUGAUAUGUCUUGUAAGAUAUGUAGUAUUGAGGAAGCAUUAUAUUUCAAAAAGUAUUUAUAUUGAGUAUUGCAUGAUUAGAAGAACUGUCAAUGUCAUUAGUAUGUCUAGUGUUAGUGGCAGAUUAUGUGGUAUAUUGCAUCGUUGAUUUCAUCAUGUCCAUAGCAGCACAGAAAUGUCAUUUAUGAUGCUUUUUGAAAAGUAUGGUUUAAGCUGCACUUCAUCUCCAACUCUCUUGUGCCUUAUACUAGAGCAUGUGCUUCUAUACACUGUAUAAUACCUUGUGCAUUCAUACAUUUUGUGGAACAUCUUAAAAAAAAUACAACCUGUAAAUGGUACUUUUUGUGUACAAAUUGUAUAGAUUUUUUGUUGUGGAUGUAUAUUUUGUAAAUACUUUUGAAAUAUUCUGUAACAGCGAAACCAAACUUUCAUAUGAGUGACAUUAAAAUCCCAACAGAUUACCACCUUAUAACAAGCUGUUUUUAAUAUUUUGAAUUAUUUUCUUGAAUUUGUAUAAAUAUAUAUUGAUAUGAAAAGGGUUUGAAAAUACUGAUUACCCCAAUUAUUUGAAGAGCAUGCUAGUCAUGAUAAUAGUAACUAUAACUAUAUAUUUUGAUAAUGGACUAAACUGCUGAGUCAACCAAAUAAGUAAAAUGCUUUACUUUCAUAUUCGAUAAUCAAUAAUAUAUUAGUUUGAUAAUGGCAUGUGAAAUCUAAUGUAUGUCACACUUGUUUAUUUACUGACUGUAAUGUCUCUGCAUGGUCGUGUAUUUCAUGGUUGUAUUAUGAUUAUUAUGAUAAUUGUCAGGUUUCAUAAUACAUUCUAAAUAGGACCUUUGGGCUUUGAAAAGUAGGUCCAUGUCCUUGUUACAUCUUGUAUUUUUGGAUCUGUCUGUAUGUGCCUGUAGUCACUCCUUACUGUCCUGUAAAUAUAUACAACAUGUUAUUAUUUACAUAAGUGCUGAAGUGCCAGUUUUAUAUAUUUACAGUGUUUAUUAUGAACAAACUAAGUUGAACUUAAGUAAAGUUUUAAGAUUGUCUUUAUUUACCACAUUGUAAAUCAGCUUUCAUAUGUAUAUUUCUAGUUGUGCAUGUUGCAGUUAUGUCUACUAAUUAUUUGUUUUAUCAUACUCCAAUAACGUUAUAGUAAAUGUUGCUUAGGUAAAUAAUUAAGAGAGAGAGGUGCUUAUUAAUUGUUUAAUUAUUUUUUUUUAUGAUUGUGGUGUUUGUUUAUCAAUUGUCAACCACAUUGCUCUAAUAACCACAUCUGUACCUUGUAUUGUAACUCUUUGUACACUCUCACACCUGUCUGUUGAUUUAUUGAAAGCAUAAUUCACUAUGCAGGGUUGAGUCCCUUUUCUGUACCAGGAUGUGCUGAUCAUUGGCAAUCCCACAUUUACCCUGUUAAUCCCUGGGUUGUCAGAAGCAUUCCCAUGCUUGUGGGUUUUAUCAAAGUUGUAAACGUCCAUCAACAUCUUCACUUUUGGAUUUGUCCUAUGUCAGGAUGUAACUGUGAUACUGUAUAUAGUGCUAUAAAAGCCGUUUCACUCAUUAACUCUGAGAGGUCAGAUACAGGGAAUUAUUUUGAUUAUGUCUGACUUAAGGAAUUCAGUUGUGAUACCCAAACUUAGCGCUUACAUGUCAAUGAUCUAUACUGAGUCAUUGGCGACAAACUAUAUCGGGUGGUCACGCUGGCUGACUCGGUUGAUGCAUGUCAUCGAUCCCAAUUGCGUGGUUCGAUGCUCAUGAUAUCAAUGACUGGAUUGUCUGGUCCAGACUCGAUUAUUUACAAACUGCCGUCAUAUAGCUGGAAUAUUGCUGAGUGCGGCGUUAAACAACAAACAACCAAAUCUACUGAGUCUUAUCACUGUUAAUACAUGAUUUUAUUACUGGACUUAACUGGCAAAAGGUGAUACCAAACACUAAGGUUUGGAGGUUAAGAUUUUAGAUCUGACAGAAUUCCUGUUCUCAAAAUAAUUGACAUUUAAUAAUAGAAACUGAUUUAUUUCUUAGAAGGGAGGUCGGGUAGUCCAGUGGUUAAAGCGUCACGCCGAAGACCCGGUUUCGAUUCCCGACUUGGGUACAAUGUGUGAAUCCCAUUUCUGGUGUCCCCCGCCGUGAUAUUGCUGGAGUUUUGCUUAAAGCGGCAUAAAACCAUACUCACUCACUCACUCUUUCUUAGAUUACAGUUUCAAAAUUUCAGGAAUUUCACAAAGCUGUGAAUCAGCAUUUUGGAUAAGUAACAUUUUUCUAAUAUGCUAUUUUCAACAAUGAAUUAUGUUGUCCAUUACACAUUACUUUUCUUCCAAAGUAUUCCUGUUACAGAAGUCAUGGAUCAUAUUUGAUUGUGAUAUCACUUGUUGAUUAGUCUGAAGUCAUAACUUCUCAUUGUUAUUGUAUAUUUAUCAUGACUUUUCAAAACUAAAUUUCUGUAUGAUCAAGAUUUACACCCAUUUUCUUUGUUAAAACUAUAUUUUGAUUUUAUUUUAGUCACUUCACCUACCACAGACUUUGUGUUAUGGAAUAGUUUGAAGAAGGCACUUACAAGUAAUGUCAUCACGUGCCUUCAUAUACAAACUGAAUAUGUUGUUAUGCAGAUUUUAACAUUGUACAGAAUUUUGCAGAGCUUGAAAUGUUUAUAGCAGGUACUCUUAGUAACUGUUUAUAUUAUUCCAUCCACUGUGACUUCAUCAAAAGCAUCAUUGUGAUAUCUAUAGUUAUAUGUUUGUCGAUUUCUACACUUUUUAACAAGUACCAGUCAAACGUUAUUUGUUGAGUAUUCACCGUUGUUUUACAUUGUGUUCUAAACAUGUCUGAUGAUCAACUAAUUUGUACUGCUGAUUGUCAAUGUCAAAAUUUUGUUUCAUAGUACCAUGGAAUCCCUACUAUAAACGUGAAUAUAAAUAUAUAGUGUAUAUGCCUUUAUUGAGGAAUAAAGGAAUUAAUUAAUUAUGUAGGGAAUUUUUGUGUUAAGUUAGUUUGACACGAGGGAGAUGGUUCUAUGGAUGGUUGGGUAGCCUAGUGGUUAAAGCGUUCGCUUGUGAUGCCGAAGACAAAGGUUCGAUUCCUAACAUGGGUACAUUGUGUGAAGCCCAUUUCUGGUGUCCCUCGCCGUGAUAUUGCAUGAAUAUUGCUAAAAACGGCGUAAAACCAAACUCACUCACUCGCUACACGUUCUUUAUUUCAACAGAGACCAUAUCUCUGAUUUCAAUGAAUGUGAUGUUUUGGUGUUAACCAACAUUGUUAUCAAGCAAGCGAUCAUCAGGAGAAGAUGGAACAAUCUCCCUUGUUCAUCAUACCAACUUAAAGAAGUUAGUUUGACACUCUUCCCACAAAUAAUAUUUCGUUAUUAAGAUAUUUGGAAAGAGCCAUUACUUGUUCAUGUUAUGAAUUUCUUCAACAUCUUUUAUUGUAGUGUAACUUGAUCAUUUGUACCAGUGUAUGUAGUCUAUGUUGAUAUUCCCACCCACCUGCCAGUGAGGGUGACCUCACUGUAACGUUUUUGUAUCUUAGCAGCAGAUCCUAUUAAACAAUGAUCACUCUUUA